CCAUAUUUUUGUGUUUUGUGGUAAUCCGUGUAGGUGACGUUUGCUAUACAAAUAUUGGGGGGUGUUUUCCAAAAAAAUCCAGCUUUUUUGUUUUUUUCUCUGUAAGCUAACUUUGUUUUUUAACUAUUUCAGUGAUGUUAGAUCAUUGACCGCUCUAGUCAUAAUAAUUCACAGUAGUUUCUCAUUAAAUUGGUAAUAAAGUUUUCUCCAUAAUGAUGGCUGAAUCAGAUACAACUGCAGAAGCCAUAAAAAGGUUAAAUGUAAAAAAGCAGACUUUGGAUGAUGCAUAUGCAGCUCCAGCCAAUUUUUUAGAAAUCGAUGUUGUUAACCCUGUGACAACAAUUGGAGUGGGCAAGAAGAGAUUUACAGAUUAUGAAGUCAAAAUGAGGACCAACUUACCAGUUUUCAAAGUAAAAGAAUCCAGUGUUCGACGCCGAUACAGUGACUUUGAGUGGCUGAGAAAUGAGCUAGAGAGGGAUAGUAAAAUCGUUGUUCCAUCUUUGCCUGGAAAAGCUUGGAAAAGACAGCUACCAUUUAGAGGUGACGAUGGUAUAUUCGAGGAAGCUUUUAUUGAGGAUAGGAGAAAAGGAUUGGAAGUUUUUAUAAACAAAAUUGCCGGUCAUCCGCUUGCCCAAAACGAACGAUGUCUUCAUAUGUUCCUACAGGACCCUAUUAUCGACAAAAAUUACGUACCGGGCAAAAUUCGCAAUACAUAACCUGUAUUUUACUACUAUUGUCUUGAUUAAGUAAGUUACUGUUAUGAUGCUACGGUUUUAUUAAAUGAAUAUUAUAAAUA